AUGAUGUCGUUGCAACAGUCAAGCUUCUGUGUUACUCCUUCCUCGCUUUUCAGCCAUUCACUCAAACAAAGGAACCCACUUCGUCUUCAGCAGCAACAACUGGGUUCCUUUCAUUUUCCUAGAAAGGCUAAAGCUUCUGCCUUUGUAGUUUCUUCUUCUCUUGGUGCUGGUUUUUUCAAUGAUAUCGCUCAAAUUGCGCAGAAUAAGGUUCUGAUUGCAGCGGGUGUUUCGAUGGCAAUUGGGCAAUUUUCUAAGCCUUUUACUUCUGUGUUUCUGUAUGGUAAAAAGUUUGAUAUCAAGGCUCUUAUUCAAGCUGGAGGUUUCCCUUCAUCACACUCUUCUGCAACAGUGGCUUGUGCAACACUCCUUGGCCUUGAGAGAGGUCUCUCAGAUCCAAUUUUUGGUCUUGCACUUGUCUAUGCUGGUCUGGUUAUGUAUGAUGCUCAGGGUGUAAGAAGAGAAGUAGGGAUUCAUGCUAGGACAAUGAACAAACUACUUCUCCAUAUGCAUGUCAACUACUUGCAUUCCAAACAGAAAGAUGUUUUGAUCAACUCUCAAUCUGGUUCAUCCAUUCCACCAAAACUAGAAGAAACUCAGGAAACCACUUCUUUGGAAGCACAACAAGGCAAUGCGCGUGUAUUAGUUAAACCAGAAGGCAAAAUAAGACAAAGUGAUGAGGAGUUACUAUCAACCUCUGGCUUCUCAGAGGAAAUCUCAAAUUUGGUUGGUGAUGGUUUACUGCCAUUUAAAGAAUCUGUUGGUCACACUGAUGUUGAAGUCGUAGCUGGUGGUUUACUUGGAUUUUUGGUGGGUUUGGCUGUGUUUGUUUUAAAGUAA